AUGGAAGCCGAGAAACAGCCCGAGAGCAUGGAAAUGGAUGCAGAAGAAACCGAAAUGAAGAAAUCGGGCACCCAAAUCAUUCAAGUAGACGAUGUAGCCCGAACAAAGGUUCAAGAACGUAUUGCCCUUCACUCACAUCUUCGCGGCGGCCUUGGACUGGAUGAGAAGGGACAGGCUCAACAUAAGGCGGCAGGAUUCGUAGGCCAGACCGAGGCGAGGAAGGCGGCUGGUAUCGUGGUCGAGCUCAUCAAGCAGAAGAAAUUUUCGGGCCGAUGCGUGUUGCUUGCUGGUCCUCCCGGCUCGGGAAAGACGGCGAUUGCCCUCGCGCUAUCCAGGGAACUGGGAAACAAGGUCCCAUUUGUGCCGAUGAUUGCAUCCGAGGUUUUCUCGGAGGAGGUCAAGCGUACCGAAAUCCUUGCCGAAAAUUUCCGUCGAGCAAUUGGGGUCCGCAUUUCCGAGAGGAAAGAGGUCUACGAAGGGGAAGUCACGAAUAUAGAAACCGUCGAAAGCCCAAGCCCGACUGGAUUUGGGAAGCAGAUUGAUCAAGUCCUGAUCACGCUGAAGACUUUGAAGGGCCAAAAAACGUUGAAAGUGGACGCCAGCUGCUAUGAGCAAUUGCUCCAGCAAAAGGUUGCUCGUGGUGAUGUCAUAUACAUCGAGUCGAAUUCCGGAGAUGUUAAGCGUGUUGGUCGAUGCGAUGCGUAUGCCACAGACUAUGACCUCGAGGCGGAUGAAUUCGUCCCACUGACCAAGGGUGACGUCCAUAAAUUCAGAGAGGUGGUGCAAGAUGUGACCCUGCACGACUUGGACGUGGCCAAUGCACGCCCGGGAAGCAAACGUUCCGAUGCUACAACCCUGGUGGCCCGGCUGCUGAAGCCAAAAAAGACGGAAAUCACCGACCGUCUACGUGGGGAGAUCAACGGGAUCGUGAACGAUUUCAUUGAUCGGGGUAUCGCCGAGUUGGUGCCUGGUGUUCUCUUCAUCGACGAGGUACAUGUGCUGGAUCAGGAAUGCUUCGCUUACCUGAACCGAGCCCUUGAGGGUGAUGUGGCUCCAAUCGUUGUGUUGGCAACAAAUCGUGUUUCUGAUGAGGAUGAGAAUCGUGUGAUGGGCAUCCCAAAGGAUCUUCUCGACCGCGUCAUGCUGAUUCCAACAGAUUUCUAUGGGCGCGACGAUAUCAAGGAGAUCCUGGCCGUGCGGGCGCAGGCGGAAGGCGUCAACCUAAACGCCGCGGCGUUGGACGAGCUGACUCGUCUUGGCGAUGAACGUUCUCUCAGGUAUGCCGUCCAGCUUCUUGUCCCCUCGCGAGUUCUUGCCAAUGCGGCUGGUCGUCAGCAAAUCGAGCAAAUCGACGUCAAAGACGCGUCAAACCUCUUCGUCGCUGCUCUCGACAAAGCCGAUCUAAUGCAGGGUCAAGACGAUUAUGCUUUCGACAGAGACGACCCAUUGUGGGAUGUUGAUGUGCGAGCCGAUGCAUUGACCCAGGCCUCCGACCCAUCCACCCUCUCGGACCUUGACAAGUUGGAGUCGGUCUUUUCGAGAUUCCUGGAACAGAACAUGGAA